CUACCCAUAUGCGAUGACCAGGGGGGAGAGGGAGGUUCUGGAGAGGCCUGGCGUCCCCUUCCUGGACAAAGUCUUCCUGCCCAACCUCUCCACUCCGAUGCCCCCCAGAUAGGGAGCAAGUAAUGCCCCUCGGCAGUCGAGGAAGAAGUGUCCCAAGGACCCGGGCUUCGGCGCCACCUCCUUCACGCGCAUUCCAAGUGCACCCCACAGAACCGUCUGCGGGCCAUUCGCAAACCACUACGCCUCCAGCUGGGGCCCCUCUGGGGCCCAGUCAAGGUUCACCACUGACCGGGCCCCUUGGUGGUCUGACCACUCGCUGGUGGUUGAUGUCCCAGCGGCGCGGGCCUUUGUCCAGGGUGGGAGAUGGGGCGAAGGCCGGGAACGCCCGCCCCCGCUCCGACCCCUCCCCCGGGGGCGGACCCGCGCCGGGAAAUCGCGCUGCUCCCGGUGGCUUCCGUCCUCCUCUGCGCAGGCGCCGGCUCCACCCCUGGACCGGGCGGCGCUUCCGGCAUCCGCUCCUGGGUGGGCUUCCCGCGGGGCGGUUUCGGCCGCGAGAGUCGCUGCGGGAGCCGCCAGAUGCCCGCGCCGCGCGAGGCCCAGCUUUCCUUCAGAAUGGGCCAAAAAAGGCAGCGACUGUUGGAGGCCAAGCAGCAUCAGAAACCACCAGAUAGAACCCAGACACCUUCCCCUAAGGAGCCCCGCUUGGGCCUGCCCUCGACCCUGGGCCCCCAGCGCAGCAUCUAUUUCUCAAACCUGAAGGUCUGCCCUGCUCGCCUGGGAUCAGAGUUUUUCGACCAACCUGCAGUCCCCCUGGCACGGGCCUUUCUGGGGCAGGUCUUGGUCCGACGACUUGAUGAUGGCACAGAGCUCCGUGGCCGCAUUGUGGAGACUGAGGCAUACUUGGGGCCAGAGGAUGAAGCUGCCCAUUCUCGGGGUGGCCGGCAGACCCCCCGCAACCGUGGCAUGUUCAUGAAGCCAGGGACCCUGUACGUGUAUCUCAUCUAUGGCAUGUACUUCUGCAUGAAUGUUUCCAGCCGAGGGAGGGCAACCGCCCUGGGGGGCCCUGUCUCUCCCACAGGGGAUGGGGCGUGUGUCCUGCUGCGAGCCCUGGAGCCCCUGGGAGGCCUGGAGGCCAUGCGGCAGCUGCGCAGUACCCUCCGCAAAGGUGCCACAGGCCGAGCCCUCAAAGACCGUGAGCUCUGCAACGGCCCCUCCAAGCUGUGCCAGGCCCUGGCCAUUGACAAGAGCUUCGACCAGCGGGACCUGGCCACAGAUGAAGCUGUAUGGCUGGAGCAGGGGCCCAGGGAGUCUGCGGUGGUGGCAGCAGCCCGAGUGGGCAUCGGCCAUGCUGGAGAGUGGGCCCACAAGCCCCUGCGCUUCUAUGUGCAGGGCAGCCCCUGGGUCAGCGUGGUGGACAGAGCGGCUGAGCGGACUGCACAGGCCUGAGUAAGGACCUGUGUGGAUGAUGAUUUUUAAUUGUUUAAAAACAAAAUAAAUGCAGUGUUUCCAGAAAACUCA